ACACUCUUGACAUUUGUUUGUAACUUUGUAUCGUUUGUUUGUUGGUUGGUAGUUUGUUUGUGUAGAUUAUUUAGUACAUGAGGCGAAUUAGAUAAGAUAAAAAAGAUUAAUCAUACACUUUAUCGCAUUUUGUGACAGAAAAGAAUCAGCACCAUGAAUCAGUAUCAGACGGAGAGGAGGCUUACUUGGUGCUACACAGGCCUCGCAGUAUUACUCGCGUUGUCUAUAAUAUGUAUUUCCGUGGCGUACCAGCAUUGGAAAGCGACACUGGAUGUAUGCCCGGGGGGUUGGCUGGAGAACACCAGUUGCGGGUGUAUAUUCUUCGGCUCUAGCAACUUCCAGUACUUUAGUGGAGGCCAUAAUUCCUACUGUUUGUAUGCUAUAUUUGCACCACUACCUAUUAUGGUAUAUGCAAUCAUAAUGGCCCUCUUUCACAUGUAUAGAGUGUGCAUAAACAAUGUUGGGCAGUAUGAGGAUGAGAAGUCUACUACUAUGGAGGAAAUUGAAGGAGAAUCAAUAAUGGUGACUUCAAGAGCUAGGGUGACUCAUAGAAAUGAUGCAGUCAUCUAUUGCUGGAUCCCCACUUCCUGUCUGUCUGCAGUGUUCUGCAUUUACAACAUAGUUCAUGCAGGUUUCAUCACCCACGGCUUCUUGAGAGCCUGCACUCAGUACCGGGGAUAUUUGGUUCGGGAAUUUCAUGCCACCGGUGAUCAUGCAAGUGCCAUACACUUCCGGCUGUCAUGUCAGGCAAUAUUCGACUUCAUGGACUAUAUCCACAAGGACCCGCCAAACAGUCGUCGUGGAGACUUUAUCAACACUGGGGCUGCAUUGCAACUUGCAAUCAUUGCCUCAUGGCUGGCCGUGGCAGUCUGGAUAGCUGUCACUGUGUAUACAGCUGUAAGGGCGUACCGAGAGAAAGAUGUGCUAACCUGUUGUGGGAAUUAAAAUAAACACGCUUAUGGUAGAUCAUUGUGUGUGAGGGCAUAAAACUGUUACAGUUUUCUUUAGUGUACUGAUACAAGUAUGUCCCAAACUCAAAUUGAUCAACUUCAUGUAAGAGACAUGGUGUGUCCACAUAUGUAUAAAAUUAUUGAUCAAUUAUGUAAAUCACAGAUGACAACAUCUAUGACUGCUGAGGAAGUAUACCAUUGCACAUAACAUCUCAUUUUUUUAUAUGUUGAUGCACUAUUUACUAGCAAUACAACCUCCGUGGCACUGAGCGAUAUCCAGUUUUUAUCUUUAAUUUAAAUAAUGUAAAAUGAAAUUUUAAUAUUUCAUUAUCUACAAGUAAUCAUAUCACAAUGCAACUAAGUCAUGACCCUUUAUAAAAUGUUUGAAUGUGUAUAAGGGAUACAUUUGCAUUUUCACCUUUAUUAUGUCUAAUUAUUAUUAUACUAUUAUAGUAGAUCCAUGAAGGGCUACAUAAUGGCUUAGGGGUCUACGUGUGCAGGCUCUGCACGGCAACGGCGCCGCGCGGUUUCUACCAAUAGACUCAGCGAAUGCUAUCUACGUGGAUAGAUAUCGUACGGCUAUUGGUAGCCCUCAAUAUAAUUCCCGCGGUACGACAACCGCACCGCGAGGGCUGGUGUAGUGACAGCCCCAUUUAUCUAUCCCUGAUCUCCAUUCCAUCCAUUUGUGGGGGCCCCUAGGCUUUAGUCUAUGCCUGUUAAUAUACGGCACUGAAUUUAUUUUUUAAGGAACUUUUAAACCUGCUUUCAGUUUCAUGUUCAGGCGUACCUAUAAAACAAAUUGUGUUCAUACAUGACGUAAUAAUUAUAACACAUAUUUAGCUAUAAGUUUGAUGUACCAAUCAUGUGUAAUAUUAUUAUAGAACAAACAGUAUUUUUGAUAAUUACUUUACAAUACAACGACUAAGACAUCACUAGAAAGACUGAGGAUUACUAGAAUCCUACUUAUCACAUUAAUGUAGGGUUGAGGCCUAUAACAUUUUUCUAUUGUGUAAUAGAAAGUGUAUGGCACUAAAGCCUUUGCCUGUAUAAAAUAAUACUUUAGUAAAUAUAUUAUAACAUUCCACCGUCAAUGUUACAUUUAUGUGCCUCUACCUAGCUUGUAAGUUUCGUGUUUGUGCCGUCCAUUUUAUAGUUUACCAUAUUUUUACUUAAGCAAUUGUUGCACAAAUUAAUUUAUGAAAUCUUAUGAAUUAUACAACUAUUUUAUCACCAUCUAAAA